AGAUGACCAUCACAGCUUUACAAAAACGAUGAGUCAAGAAUCAAGAACUUCCGAAAGUACGGCAAUUUUAGGAAACAGCGGUGAUCUGGAGAGGAAAGAUUCAGGCGAUCAAAGUCUUGGUUCAUUUGUUGACCAUGACGCCCGUCUUCGCGAAAAGCAGUUUCUGCUUUCCUGUGAAAGGGGAGAUAUCGGUAGUGUGCGGAAGCUGCUCGCUAUCAAAGAUGGACUCAACAUCAAUUGUGUGGAUCCAUUAGGAAGGAAUGCUCUCUUGAUUGCCAUCGAAAAUGAAAACAUCGAAAUGAUUGAGCUUCUUCUUGACAAUAACAUAGAGACCGGCGAUGCAAUUCUCUACGCUAUUGGCGAAGAAAAUGUCGAAGCCGUUGAGAUAAUCAUCGAACAUCUGGAAAAGAUUGAUAAAUUCAAUCCUGAGAACCAAGGUGUCGAUAUCAAUGAGCAUUCGGCUUUUACACCCGAUAUCACGCCAAUCAUCCUUGCUGCUCACAAAGAUAAUUAUGAGUGCAUCAAGUUGUUUCUGGACAAGAAAGCCUCUAUACCACGUCCACACGAUGUGCACUGUUGUUGUCAUGAAUGUGAUGCUGCUAGAGAGGAAGAUUCGUUGCGGUUGUCACGUUCAAGAAUUAACGCCUACAGAGCGCUAGCUUCACCAUCGUUUAUUUGUCUUUCGGCUAAGGACCCAAUACUGUACGCCUUUGAGCUGUCGUGGGAACUUCGAAGGCUAUCCUACAUAGAAAAUGAGUUUCGGAGUGAAUAUCAGGAACUUUCCCAAAAAUGCCAGAAAUUUUCUGUGCACAUGCUGGAUUUGGUCCGUGGCUCGAAAGAGCUGGAAAUUGUCCUAAAUCAUACCACAACAGCCUGGGAAGAAGUGACUACGAGAAGCACACCAACAACCGAACAACUAGCAAGAUUGAAACUCGCCAUCAAACUGCGGCAGAAAAGGUUCGUGGCUCAUCCAAACUGUCAACAACUUCUUUCUGGCCUCUGGUAUGAGGGUUUGCCCGGGUUUAGAAACAGGAAUAUUGUUUACAAGUGCCUUCUGAUAGUAGUGGUAUCGCUAUCAUUCCCAAUACUUUCGAUGUCGUAUUUAAUCGCUCCGAAGUCGUCUAUCGCUCAAUUUACGCGGAAGCCUUUUAUCAAAUUUCUCUCGCAUUCCGCCAGUUAUGUUCUAUUUUUGUUAUUGUUAAUAAUGGCCAGUCAAAAGAUAGAUUUGGUCGACAACUUUUUUCGUGAGGAAAACGCCCCGGAUCGGAAAGAAGGUCGAGGACCUCCUCCCACUCCCGUGGAAAUUGCGAUCAUGGUUUGGGUACUAGGGCUGAUAUGGGUAGAGAUCAAACAGCUUUGGGAUUCUGGCUUUCACGAUUAUUGUCACAAUUUGUGGAAUAUUCUGGAUUUUAUUACCAAUUCUCUCUAUCUCUCAACAGCUGCUCUCCGGCUAGUUGCUUACUAUCAGGUUGACAAAGAGAUGAAAGAUCCACGAAUGCAGCAUAUUGGCCGUUUCCUUCAAAGGAGAGACUGGGAUGCCUAUGAUCCCACUUUAGUCAGUGAAUGUGUUUUUGCCACUGCCAACAUCUUCUCAUCGCUAAAACUCGUCCAUAUAUUUACGGUUAAUCCACAUCUGGGACCACUGAAGAUUUCAUUAGGUCGCAUGGUUAUCGACAUUUUAAAAUUCUUCCUUGUAUAUGCUCUUGUUCUGUUCGCCUUUGCAUGUGGAUUAAAUCAACUUCUUUGGUACUAUGGGGCAAUGAGGCAACAGGAAUGCGAACAGUACACAAAGUGGAUUGCUAACCCAAGUCCGGUUGUAAACGCUGCCAAGAUGGAGACUUUAAAAGAAAGCUGUGAUAUAAAAUACAGAAGUGUAUCGAGUAUUUACCAUACUUCCGAAACAUUAUUUUGGGCGAUGUUUGGUCUAAUUGAUCUUUCACAUUUUACGCUUAAGGAAAAUCACACUCUCACGGAAUGGACCGGAAAAACAAUUUUCGGCAGCUACUCCUGUUGUUCUAUUAUCGUUUUGCUCAACAUGCUUAUCGCUAUGAUGAGCAAUUCCUAUCAAUAUAUUUCUAACCAAGCAGAUAUUGAAUGGAAAUUCGCUAGAAGCAAACUCUUUAUCGAAUACUUUGAUGACACUGCAACCCUGCCUCCUCCAUUCAACAUCAUUCCUAGUCCAAAGAGUUUCUAUUAUGGUCUAAAAUGGCUCUGCGAUAGGUACUGUGGUUGCUCCAAGGCCAUACAAGCAGGAAAACAAAGAAGUAUGAGGAAUCAAAGAAUUCUUCGCGUUGUCAAUGACCUCGAAAGCAAUUAUCGAUUUGUAACGCGGAAUCUCGUCAAAAGAUAUAUUGCUCAAAUGCAGCGGACUAAACAACAGAAUGAAGGUGUUAGUGAAGACGACGUCAAUGAGAUAAAGCAGGACAUCAGCGCAUUCCGUUACGAGUUGUUAGGGAUACUACGUGCUGCCGGUUUCAACACAGGGCACACGGAUAUGAACCAAAAAACCUACACUCGAAAUAAGAGACGCAGUGCUAUGGCCGAGCGGCGACUAAAAAAAGGUCUUCCUGAAUUUGAUAUACCGAUACCAGAAAGCUUUCAAAAUGCCCGAAGGAACAGCUUAUUGUCACUGGCAUCGAUAGACAGCGGUUUGACCAAGCCACCGAUCCGCCUGCCACAACUGAACUGGAGACGAAUCAAGAAGAAGGUCAGCUUCAAGCAAACACCCCGAACAUCUCCAGCUUUACCUGUACCAUGUACAAAAACCAAAAGUCUUUCAUUGGAUAUACACGGUGCCUUACAAAGCACACUUAUCAAGCAUAUGCGCAAUGGAACCCGACGGAAUACAAAAAAUGAUCGCCCACCACUGCAGAAGCAAAAAAGAAAGAACAGUGGUGACAGUACUGUGAUGGAAUUGGCGUCCGACGAUUUGUUAUGAAAUGUUAUAUGAUAUUUUUACUGGUAUUUGUGUUUUAUUUGAUAAAACUAACAAUUUAACAAAUAAAAUAUACAUGUCAACAGCAGUGAA